UCGCUACGCACAGCGGAAGGAGGAAGGAAAGAAGGAAAAAGGAAUGAGGAAGAAGGAAGAAGGAAGAAAGUGGAUGGUGGUGUGUUUCGAGGCUCUUGGAGGAGGGUCUUGAGGCUGGACGCUGUCUUGCUGUUUGUUCUGCGUGCGGUGUGCUCGGUCGGUGCCUGCCAGCUGAGCUCCCAGCGGAACCAGACUCGCGGCGUGGUGCUGCAGACCGCCGUGGCGGCGCGCGGACUGUCAAGUGACUGACUCGGCGGUAGGAGGAGGAAAGACUAAGAGAGCGCGCGAAAGCGAGGCGGCUAACCGCUACCAACCAUCGUCUGAGGAAGGAGUCAUUUCUAACAGAUUAAGACACGGAUUAAACUGGUCGGUUAAUGAUUUAGAUCAUCUACACUCGGGGACCGGAGGAAUCCACCGCUGCAGCACAGAGCUUACCUGGAGCUACCUCUGCUUCGAUACCCUCAACCUGUGCAUCACCAUGUCUUCCACCAGAUUGAAGUAUGUGUCACUGGGCGUGCUAGUCUUCCAGACAACCUCACUGGUGCUGACCAUGCGCUACUCACGCACCCUGCAGGGGGAGGGACCUCGCUACCUGGCCUCCUCUGCUGUUGUGUCUGCUGAGCUCCUCAAGAUCCUCACCUGUGUGCUGCUUGUGUACAAAGACCACAUGGCUGUGGUCUUUUCUGCAGGUUUUAGCAUCCGAGCCCUCAACAAUGUGCUAACGCAGGAGAUCAUUAAUAAGCCUAUGGACACCCUCAAGCUGGCCAUCCCAUCUGGCAUCUACACCUUGCAGAAUAACCUGCUCUAUGUUGCGCUGUCCAACCUUGAUGCCGCCACCUACCAGGUGACAUACCAGCUGAAGAUCCUGACCACAGCUCUUUUCUCAGUGUCCAUGCUGGGUCGGAGACUCGGUGUGUAUCAGUGGCUCUCCCUCCUCAUCCUCAUGGCUGGGGUGGCACUAGUACAGUGGCCAUCCGAUUCCUCGCAAGCCCAUGAGCAGCUGACGACAGGCUCCCAGUUUGUGGGCUUGAUGGCUGUACUGGUAGCCUGUUGUUCCAGUGGGUUUGCUGGUGUCUACUUUGAGAAGAUCCUCAAAGAGACCAAGCAAAGUGUCUGGGUCCGCAACAUCCAGCUAGGGGUUUUUGGGCUGGUGUUCGGCCUGAUGGGUGUCUUUGUGUAUGAUGGGAACAGGGUGAGGGAGUACGGCAUGUUCCAAGGCUACAACCAUCUAACUUGGACAGUGGUUGCACUGCAGGCUCUUGGAGGACUUGUCAUUGCUGCAGUCAUAAAAUAUGCAGACAACAUCCUAAAGGGCUUUGCCACAUCGCUCUCCAUCAUCCUGUCUACACUCAUCUCCUACUUCUGGCUGCAGGACUUUGAGCCUACCAGUGUCUUCUUCCUGGGAGCCGUCCUGGUUAUUGCAGCCACAUUUCUCUACGGCUAUGAAGGCAAGCCAUCUGUCAACCUCAGCCGGGCGUAGAGGAGGGCCAAGGAAGAGAAUGGGAUGGACAUGAGUCCCAGCAAAAGCAGAUGGUGGGCUGCAAUAACGUACAGCCAAAUGAGAGAGUGGAGGUCGAGAGAAGUGUUGCAGCAGUGCUGGACUUGUCAGCUCUCCAUAACUUUGAAAAAAGAGAGCCUUCAUGACGUAAUGAGUGCUGCACAGUGAUGGCCAGAUAGCUGUCAACAGCUUAAGGUCACUGUACUCAUAUCGUGCUCUUUGAGUCUAGACCUGGAAACUCUGUUCUGCUGUUUUUUUUUUUUUUUUUUUUUUUUUUGGCUUCUGGUCCCCUUGCCAUCACUUCAAAGACUCACUCUUACAUGGUUUCUGUCAGGUUGACACCUGCUGAAAGUUUAGAAAAUGAGAAGGAACCGUGAGUCAAUAUUGGAUGAAAAUAUUGUCUCAGUGAGUUUGAGAGUGCCUAUUAAAAAGUGUCAUUUCACACAAA